AUGGAUGAUUUGCAAGAUGGUGUUGGAGUAAAUGUAGAGUCAGACAGCUUUACCGCAUCCGCUGCUAUUAUUGGUGAUGCACCUAUUGCAUUGGAGGCGGAUGUUGAGCCUGAAGCUAAUUCCAAGAAUCCGACCACCAUUUCUAAACGUAAAAGGAAGCAUACUUCUGUUGUUUGGAACCAGUUUGAAAGGCUUCCAAUGGGUGCAGAUCAGGAGCUAAAAGCCAAAUGCAAGGAGUGUGGUGUGGUGUAUAUGGCUAAUAGCAAGAAUGGGACUGGAAGCAUGCGACGUCACAUGCAAUCAUGUGUACGUAGAGACACGCGUGACGUGGGCCAACUAUUGAUGUCACAAGACAAAGGGUCUUUAGCGUUGAGUGCAAAAAGGUUUGAUGCUGAACACUUUCGUGAAUUGAUAACAACAGCAAUCAUUUUGCAUGACCUUCCAUUCUCCUUUGUUGAAUAUGAAGCUAUUAGGGCGACUUACCAAUAUUUGCAUCCUAAGAUAACUUUGUUAACUAGAAAUACUUUAAAGGCAGAUGUCCAAAAAAUGUAUUCUCGAGAAAAAGUAGGAAUAAAGUCUAUUUUGGAGUUGAGCCCUGGUAGAAUUUGUUUGACAUCUGAUUUGUGGACUUCCAUAGUUACAGAUGGAUAUUUGUCAUUAACUGCCCAUUUUAUUGAUAAAGAUUGGGUAUUGCAAAAGAGAAUUUUGAAUUUUUACUUCAUGCCAUCACCACAUACUGGUAUUGCAUUGUCUAAAAAGCUUUAUGCAUUAUUGUGUGAGUGGGGAAUUGAACACAAGGUUUUCACUCUUACUUUGGACAAUGCCUCUGCUAAUGAUGUGUCCGUUGAUCUGUUGAAGAAUCAGUUGAUUAAAAAUAAUGCACUUAUUUCUGAUGUGCAAGAGGGGUUGAAAGAUAUUGAUUCAGUGGUUAAAAAGAUUCGUGAGAGUGUGAAAUAUGUAAGAGGGUCCCAAAUUAGAAAGAAGAAGUUUUUAGAGUGUGUAAAUCUUGUGGGUCUUGAUUCUAAGAGAGAAUUGAGUGAUUCUAAUUACAAGAACUGUCCUAAUCCAUAUGAUUGGGAAAAGGCUGAGAAAAUUUGUGAAUUUUUGGAACCCUUUUAUAAUAUCACUUGUGUCUUUUCGGGAUCUAAAUACCCCACUGCAAACUUGUACUUUCCAACUGUGUACACAAGUUAUUUGUCAUUGAAGAAAUCUGAGACAAAUGAAGAUGCAUAUUUGUCUGCUAUGGCAAAAGCAAUGCUUACCAAGUUUGAGAAGUAUUAG